UAUAUUCAUCAAAUAUGGUGAAAGGAAUGAGGUUUGACAUCAAAACAGGUGCCACAAAAUGCAUAACAGAAGAUAUUCAAUCAAAUUCGCUAUCGGUUGGGAAAUACAGCAUUGUAAAUCCUAAUGAAGAUUACCCUGUUCCUCCUGAUGCCCAUCGGAUCACCAUUCGGAUAACCUCACCACUGGGAAACAAUUGUCACUAUGCAGAUAAAAAAGAUUUUGGUACAUUUGCGUUCACUGCAAAUGAGGAUGGGGAUUAUAUGGCUUGUUUUUGGGUUGCCAAACAAAAUCCUCCUACAACGCUAACUAUUGAGUUUGAUUGGAAAUCUGGACUUGCUGCAAAGGAUUGGUCUAAAGUAGCAAAAAGAGGACGACUUGAGAUGAUGGAACUUGACUUGAAGAAAUUGUUUGACACUGUCGCCAUAAUCCAUGAUGAGAUGUUUUAUCUUCGCGAGAGGGAGGAAUCAAUGCAACAUCUGAUUAGAUCAACAAAUUCGAAGAUGGCCACUUUUAGUAUCUUUUCGCUCAUUGUUUGUUUAGGAGUCGCCGCUAUGCAACUCUGGCAUUUAAAGACGUUUUUUGAGAAGAAGAAGCUCAUCUAGUUAAUUGCUAUACAAUGUAGGUUUCAC